GACAACCUACGUUUUACUGCGAACCAACUCUGCUGAAGGCCAGAUUUUUACCGAGGCAGAAUAGCGGCCGAUGCCCCCACGUUGCCAAUUUCACCAACAAUUUAAUUUAAAUGCUGUCUCAGAAAGGAAAAUGGCUGAAAGGGGUCUUUGUUUUCUUCCCUUUUCGGUGAAUGAUUCCGGCGGCCUAAGAUUCUGGAGCUCGUAGCUGCGGCUGGGUUAGUCAAAUCAAGCAUUAGAUUUGCUGGGAAGGGUUUUGUUUGUGAUGUUUUCAAGAUGCAGCAGCCGAUUUUAGGGGGAGUAAAGCAACAGAAUGACAUCUGAAGAAUGGCGCACCGAUACCGAUUUGGAUAGUGUAGACUUAGCUCAUACUACUCAAAUUGCAAAGAAGGCUGAAAAUGUUGAUGCUGCUGAUGUGAUGCGAGUGGAUAUUGAGUAUGGUUCAUUUGUAUCAUCUUCAGAAGACCCCAUGGAAGAGCUUGUAAUUCAGGCUUCGGCAACAGAAGAAGAAAGGGUUGGAGAGUAUGGUUGCAAUAUUAAUAAUGACUAUGAUAUCAAUUCAGAAAGAGCAAGUGAUGAUGCGAAGGCGAGGUUAGUGGUGGCAAUGGAAUCGCAUGCUAGAAAGGAAAAUCGAGUACUAAAGAAGCUUCUUCGAGCUCCCAGGUAUUUCGACUACCCAGAAUCUAGUUGGCUAGAAUGUAACGAACUUAGUGAAGAUGAUGACGAAGGGCACAAAUCAUGCUAUAUUUGCGGUGACAUCGACCAUUCAGGAAAUCGUUGCAAAAAGGUCAAUGCGUGCAUCAUCUGCUCUGUAAAGGGGCAUCUGGUGAAAGAUUGCCCAAGUAAAAAUGUUGAACUGGACAGUGCUCCAACUCCAUGUUUAAGAUGUGGAAAUACAGACCACGACAUGUUUUCAUGUACCUAUAACUAUGACUCGGAAGAUCUCAAGGCUGGUCAUCUCUGCUGUGUUGAAAACAAAGCACGAGGGCCAAAUGAAGCUUCAUGCUACCGUUGUGGGCAGUCUGGCCAUUUUGGUCUGGAAUGCACGACAUCGAAUGUAACUACCUUUGAUCUUCAACUAUUUUGCCGCAAAUGCAAAGAGAGGGGUCAUGCCCCAAAACAAUGCCCCAGGAAGAAGGCAAGGUCCGCUAAGAAAGUUGAAAGGAGGAAGUUGUUUUUUGCUCGCAGAAGAAAAAAACCUGAGCAAACAAUACCAACACCGUUGCUGACAGUUGCAGCCUCGUAUUCUGGCACUAUAACAAACGGCCACCCAUAACGAUGCAGCAAACCGAAUCACCAGGUUGAACGCAUUGGAUUCCCAUCAGGUAUGACCUCAAGUUGUGCAUGCUCAUGACUCGAUUUCACAGAUGAUUCAACCUCAGCAUCCAACUUCCAACUUGACCACAUCCUAAUCGUCAGGUUCAAAUCCCUCUUCCUCUUAUAGAUUGGCAAGCUCCUCAGGUGUUGUUGCCCUAGUCUAAUUUCAAACACUCCUCUGCCAAUGCUCAUGAAACUGCAAUCAACACGAUACUGGAGAACUGAAAUUGUUGUUCAAAUAUUUCCCCCUUUUUUUGUUUCCUUUGGUAGAUUUUGAUUCCUUCUUUAUGUGAAGUUACAGAACUUUUAGAAUGUUCACUAAUAGAGAGACUACAUGAUCCAUUUUUCAGUGAAGAAGUGUCAUUAUAAGCUUUUCA